AUUCCUAUAAAAGAUGACAAAUUUUCUCCCUUUGAGCUACUAUCAUUGUUUCUGGUCUAAUAUCAUUUUGUUUCGGCGGGACGGGGCUCGAGUGUAACGGAUUUAAAAUCACUUCCUAAACCAUUCUCCCGGAGGCGGAGAGAGGCACCUUUCCACCGGCGUCCGACGCUGCCGCUGUUCAAUUUCCCUAUCUUCUCAAGCACACGUGAGAUGGCAGGAUUUCAUAAUCAUCAGGGUUACCCUGCACAACAUAUUCCCAUGGGUCCUAUGCCUCCACCCAUGCGUCAUCCUGCCUUGUUAGAAAAAGAACUUGAAAUGCAACAUGUUGAAAAUCGGAGACUGGCUGAAGAUCGAAUUGCUUUGCAACGUGAAUUAGGUGCUGCUAGGGAGGAACUUCAUCGCAUGAAUCUUAUGAUAUCUGAUAUUCGAGUUCAGCAUGAAAUCCACUGUAGGGAACUUACUGAAAGGCGUUUGAAGCUGGAAGCAGAUCUCCGAGCUCUAGAACCACUGAAAAUUGAGGUUAAAAACCUCCGUUCGCAAGUUACAAAGCUUUGUACCAUUAAGCAGGAUCUCUCUAGUCAGGUAGAGACACUCACGAAGGACCUCGUCAGGAUGCAAGGUGAAAACAAACAGAUUCCUUCUUUAAGGGUUGAGAUUGAUGGACUGCGUCAGGAGCUUUUGUGUGCUAGGUUUGCUGCUGAGUAUGAAAAUAAGGCUAAAGUUGAACUGAUGGAUCAGAUUCAGACAAAUAAAGAAGGUCUUGAGAAACCAUCCACAAUCCAGCAAAGUGGUAUAGUUCCAUCUUGCGGGGGACUUGAUGUAAUUCAGCAGGUUCUAUCUGCCUCAGCGAAGAUAGCUGCAUUUUGUUCUGAAAUUUUACAACAGCUUGACUGUGGCUUAGUUCAAUGCCAAGCCUUGUUUUUGGCACCUACUCGUGAACGUGCACAACAGAUUGAGAAUGUCAUGCGAGCACUUGGCGACCCCCUUGGGGUAAAGGUCCAUGCUUGUGUAGGUGGUAAUAGCAUCCAGGAGGAUAAGCAUAUCCUAUCAGCUGGAGUUCAUCUCGUUGUUGGUACACCUGGGUGUGUAUUUGACAUGUUGCGGAGGAAAAACCAAUCUCUGCUUCUUGAUCACAUUAGAAUGUUUGUGCUAGAUGAAGCUGAUGAAAUGCUUUCAAGGGGAUUUAAAGACCAGAUUUAUGACAUUUUGCAGCUUUUACCUGCCAAAGUUCACGUAGUAGCAUUUUAUGCAACUAUGCCAGCUGACGCCCUUGAAAUCACGAGGAAGUUCAUGAAUAAGCCAGUGAAAGUGUUAGUCAAAUUUGAUGAACUGACUCUUGAGGGUAUCAAACAAUUUUAUGUCAAUGUUGUAAGGGAAGAACGAAAGCUUGAUGCAAUAUAUGAUCUUUACGAGAGACUAAACAUCACCAAAAGUGUUAUUUUUGUUAACACCCGCCUAAAGGUCAAUUGGCUAACAGAUAAAAUGCGAAGCCGUGGUCACACAGUCUCAGCCACUCAUGGAAAAAUGGACCAGAAAACUCGAGACAUAAUCAUGCGUGAAUUUUGCUCUGGUUCCUCUAGUAUACUUAUCACAACUGAUUUGUCAGCUCGUGUUAUUGAUGUGCAACAGGUGUGUAUUGUGAUAAAUUAUGAUCUUCCAACUCAACUAGAGAAUUAUCUCCGUCGUAUUGGAAGAAGUGGAGAAUUUGAAAGUAAAGGAUAUGCUAUCAACUUUGUAACAGCAGAUGAGGAAAAAAUGUUAUCUGAAAUUCAAAGGUUCUACAAUGUGGUCAUCGACGAACUUCCAUCAAAUGUUGCUGAUUUCUGAAAAGCUUUUUAUGUUUGUGAUAUAGGUAAGAAUAUAGAUCUUAUGGGAAGUUCUACUUCCUUAAAGAUAGCUCCUAGUAUAUUUUUCUGAGCGAACACGAACGAGGUGUUUGCAUUUUUUUAUGAUGCAAUUUUCUGGGAAGUCAGUGGUGACUACAAGUUUGCACAUAGGAAUCUCUCUCACCAUUGUCACAACUUAUUUGAUAUUGGCAUUUUUGUUUU